AUAGUCUUGUAUUUGUUUGUUCAGUGAGAGCUUAAUACGUAUAUUAGUUGUAACUAAAUACUUUGACUCUCUUUAUCCGAAGUCCGUCCGAACACAUUGAUUAUGUUUAUUAAAUCCGAACAACGCAAUGAUCUUUUUGGGCCGAAUUAUUCGUAUUUUUAACCUAAGUCCAACCAUAUUUUAAGGGCUUUCUGUUUAUUUUUGCAUGUAAAAUUUAAAAUGUUUGCAAAUAACCAAAUAUUGUAUGAAUGUAAUUAUUAUUUUUCUGUUUUCACGUUAUUUUUGAAAUUGCUAUUGCGUGUGAUAUUUGGGUUGGACCAAUUAUUGAAAAGGACAAGGCUGACUCUGGUUUUCAAUGAGUAGUCCCCAUGGGAGUUAUGUAUCAUUUACCACACAUUAUUUAUUUCAGUAGUAUGUGUUUUUUAUUUGAUCUUUUAUCUACGGAAAUAAAUGGUUCAAAUUGUUUGUCUAAAAAUGUACCCAUGAAUAGCUUGUGGUUUCACACAAUUGUAGGAAACAAAUAAAUACUUGUAAUGAGAAUAAUGUUAUUAAUUUAUCAUACGAAUCCUAUAGAAAAGGGCGGCCAAAGACCAAAACAAAUGAAUUUAAAAUAUGAAAAUGAUGGAAUGACUGAUUUUUAUUUAAAGACCAAUACUACACUAAAAUUUUAUAAAACGAAUCCUAAAGAAGAGGGCAACCCAAGACCACGCAAAUCAGUCUAAAAACAUAAAAAUUUCCAAUAACUUAAAAACAUGUGCAUUAAACUGAGUUAUAUAUAUUUUCCAUAAUUUGGAAUUUUACAUGGAAAUUUUACCUAAUGACUAAUGAGCACCAAUAUCAUUUAGUCACUUUUUUCCCUUUUCAAAAUUAUUCGGAUCCAUGCAUGCGAUGCUGUAUAACUAUGUUCAUCUUACUUGUCUCUAUGUUACACCUUCAACGUCUUAUAUAGGGAAUUAGGGAUUGUUGUCAAGAACACAAUGCUAAUUAAGGAGUAAGGACGAUUAUGGCUUCUCGAAAAAUUAGAGAAGAACUAAAUAGUCUGAAACUAAAAUAGCCUAAAACAAAGGAGAACCACAAAUAGAAAUCGGAAGACCUUAAAGAACAAUUAUACGAGAAUGGAACAAAUUUUGGAAUCAUCAAUAUACCAAAAAGAAAAAAAAGGUUACAUGAAUCACAGUCGUGCUGACAAUCUUCGAACCAUUUGUGGGUUUCAUACAAUCGAUCACCAAUAGAACAAAAGAGAAACAGAGGAACAGAAAGAACAGAAGGAGUGGGAAGUGUAUGAGGAAGCUGUGUCCGAACAUAGACAAGGACGAUGGUUUGGAGACGGUGUUGGAAGUUCCGAUACCGGAGGAGAUGUUUUCCGGUAUGGGCAACAACGUUGCGCUUAGGUGGCAAAAUAUGAUGACGUGGAUGAAAGCUCAAACGUCUGAUAAAUGGUCGCAACCGCUUAUCGCCGCUCGUAUCAAUGAGCUCCGGUUUCUUCUCUACCUCGUUGGCUCGCCUCUUAUACCUCUCCAGGUUCAAGUCGGUCAUUCUGUUCAUAAGCCCGUCAAAGAUUGCUCCAUUCAAGCUUCAACGGCGAAAUACAUUGUCCAGCAGUACAUAGCAGCGACGGGAGGACCAGCGGCGUUAAACGCCGUGAACAGCAUGUGUGUCACGGGACAAGUGAAGAUGACGGCGUCGGAGUUUCAUCAAGGAGAUGAAUCCGGCGUGAAUCUUAAGAGCAACGACGAAAUGGGUGGUUUCGUUUUGUGGCAAAAAGAUCCAGAUCUUUGGUGUUUGGAGCUCGUCGUCUCCGGUUGUAAAGUGAUAUGUGGAAGCAACGGUCGGCUUUCAUGGCGACAUUCCUCUAACCAGCAAACUCCUGCGUCCACCGGAACGCCAAGACCUCUCCGCCGGUUUUUACAGGGGUUAGAUCCUCGUUCGACGGCGAAUCUGUUUCUUGACGCAACGUGCAUCGGAGAGAAGAUAAUCAACGGUGAGGAUUGCUUUAUCUUGAAACUGGAGACGAGUCCGGCGGUUCGAGAAGCUCAAAGCGGUCCGAAUUUUGAGAUAAUUCAUCACACGAUUUGGGGUUAUUUCAGUCAAAGAUCGGGACUUUUAAUUCAAUUCGAAGAUUCGCGACUUCUGAGAAUGAGGACCAAGGAAGACGACGAUGUUUUCUGGGAGACUAGUGCUGAGUCGGUGAUGGAUGAUUACCGAUACGUUGACAAUGUGAACAUCGCUCACGGCGGGAAAACGUCGGUUACGGUUUUCCGGUACGGUGAAGCGUCGGCGAAUCAUCGGAGACAGAUGACGGAGAAGUGGAGGAUAGAAGAAGUUGAUUUUAAUGUUUGGGGACUCUCGGUUGAUCAUUUUCUUCCUCCGGCUAAUUUGCAGAUUGAAAAAUGAUUUAGCUUUUUAUUAAUAUUUUGUUUUUGUCAUUCGUUUUCGCCGAUAUCACAACUUUUUGACAAAUAUCAUCAACUCACUCGGUGCAAUUUUGACAAUUUUUGUAUUGAAAUUUGCAAUUUUUUACUACUCUACUGGAUCGGACCCGUUGUGGUAUAGUUUAAAAAUGUAUGGACGAUAGCAAUAGAACAUAUGAACAUUUAAGUUUUGUUUUA